AACUGCAGAGUAGACACAGCGGGGGUCAGCUUACUGCCCAGGUUUACAUUUAGUUUGGGACUUUAAACUUCAUUAGGGCACUAAUAUACGCAUAUAUCUGCAAAUUAGGCUUCUCUCGUCUAGUUACAACGUCAUAGGGGACACAAUUAGACACACUAGGGUUAAUAUAACAGAGCAUGCGGUGAUAGUUCCUUAUCCUCACACAAAGGAAACACGCCUUGAGAGCAUUAACGUGCAGGGAAGUGGUGUAAAAGGUCGGAGGAGAGUUAUUUCAUCCUCUGGCAGCACAGAGACGCCAGACUGGUGGGAUGUGUCAUUGUUAGGCUCUUAAAACUAACACUUCAGAUGGGAUUGGUGUUUCUGUGAGGCUGAAUCAACCAGCUUGUAGUUAAAAAAAAAACAAACUAGUUUUUAUAUUUGUCCAAUCGCACUGAUAGGUCUUAAGUGAUAACUGUAGGCAUUAAUAAGGUUUUAACUUUCAAGUAGAGGCAUGUGAGCUGUCAUUAUGGCGGUUAGUGUAACAGACAGAAUGCCUGGAGAGAUGGAAAGGAGGUAGCUAUUCCAGAAAAACAGGGGAGUUUAGGUCAUCCCGGGGAGGAGAACCACCUCUCAUCGCUGUCCACAGUCAUUACAUAUUUAAUGUGGAUGUAUGCAAGAAGCUGGCCCUUGUUUCAUCGUGUAAAUCGGUGAAGUUUGCAUGUGGAGAGUGUCGUUAGCAUCUUAGCCUCGUUAGCAGAGCACAGGCUAGCCUUUUAGCAGAGCUUUCACUCACUAGAGAGUUAUUAUCGGGAUUAUUUUUAUUUUUACUUGAAGGUAAAUAAUGGCAGCCCCCACAAACGAGGCCUUGUUUUUGCUAAAGGACGUGAAGCCUGGCUCGAAAAAUUUGAAUAUUGUGUUCAUCGUGUUGGAGAUCGGACGCGUGACUAAAACGAAAGAUGGCCAUGAGGUGCGCUCAUGCAAAGUGGCAGACAAGAGCGGGAGCAUUGCCAUCUCAGUUUGGGACGAACUUGGCAGUCUUAUUCAGCCAGGAGACAUCAUCAAGCUGACCAGAGGUUAUGCAUCUAUAUGGAAAGGCUGCCUGACACUAUAUACUGGAAGAGGGGGAGAUCUUCAGAAGAUUGGAGAGUUUUGCAUGGUGUAUUCAGAAGUGCCCAACUUCAGUGAACCAAACCAAGACCUGGUCACCCAACCUAACCAGCAAAACAAGUCUGGAAAACCGGACCAGAACCCGAGGGGAAACUCGCCGCCUAAUCAGAAUUCAGGUACACCUGCCCCACCAGGUAACGGUGCCAUGCCGCCAUUUGCAAACAACCCACCACCUGGUGCAGCCCGUGACUCAACCUUUGGGAGUGUCGGGCGACCCAACGGCCGGUCACCAGGCAAUGGUGCGCCUCCAGUUAAUGCUGCUGGACCUCUGACGACCACAAAGUCCUCAGUUACUAUUAGCAACGGCAGGGACCCACGACGUGCCAAAAGAUGAAAUUGGGAUACUUAUUUUUUGGGGAGGGGGGGGGGUCAUGUGGCGAACCAUGGAUGUCCCAGUAUCUCCCAACUCCUUUUGGCCCUUUUAUUCACCACAGCCUGGAUCGGCUUGCACAGCAAUGUAUUAGGGACUACUGGCAUCAUUUUUAUACUGGCUAACGUAGUUAAAUGUGUCCUUUUUGUCUUGCUUUGUGCAAGUAGUGCUCUCUGUAAGAGGUGCAUUAUUGUUACGAUUUAUCACUUACACCAUCAGAACUUUUGUAGAUGAGACUUGGUGGUUGAGCUUCUCAGUCUAAACUUUUUUUCUGAAAUUACCACUUCUGUGCCAGUGCGCGCACACACACACACACACACACACACACACACACACACACACACACACACACACACACACACACACACAUCAAAUCUAACCCCCCCCCCCCCUCCCUCCUCAAGGAAAAAUAAAACAAACAAAAAAACAACAAACUACACACCUUACUUGAAUACUUGAUGCACUUUCUUCUCCUAAUUUAUGUUGAAGCCUGGUUGCCAUUUAAAUCAUUGACUCUUCUUCUUAUCCCCCUCUUUCUUUCCUUUUUUUUUUUAAAUGUUUUUUUUUUUUUUUUUAAGCAUAAAUGGUGGAAAAUGCCUUGCGUCUGUGAAGAUUAGUUCCUGGGACUGAAUGUCCAAAAUACAUUUUUUUCAAAGGGUCAUCCUGCUCUUAACCAAACUGUAUCCAAAGUGACUGACAGAAAUGUUAGUUUUAAUGAUGGUUUAAGUUUUUUUUUUUUUUUUUCCCUCCCUACCCCAAUAAGACAUGUUUUUCUUAUUUGCCAUCAUUUGUACUUUUUUUUUCUCCCCCUCUUAAUCAAGGUGGGAACAUUUAAAUACUCACCAAAUAAAUUUUAGUAUAAUUAUGCUGCACAUUUGAGUUUUCUGUAGUCUGUUUGAGAACAAAAGUUACUGUUAAUGCAAAUAAACUAUGUUGGUUGUGCUGCCUUUGAAAAUUAUCAACAGUUCAAUUGUAAAACCAAUCCAGAAACAUUAUUUUCUGAGCUAGAAGUAAAAAAAAACAAAAACAAAAAACUUGACGAUGCAGACACUUUGUUUCAUUGUGGAGAAAUCCUGUGUAAUUGUGGGUUUUAAUGCAAAAUGCAGAAGUUGGGGCUGAAAACCGAGUUGAUGCUGCCACGCAGUUAAAAUACAGUCCUCCAACCAAGUACUUUGAUUCUUUAGCACCAUCUAGUGUCUAGAGGACUAAACUACACUGUCUUUUUUAUUUUUCCUUUUUGAGCGUGAUGGGAAUAAACCAAAUGCAAAAUGGUAGUAAUGUUAGGUUUAAUGUUCUUGUGUCUGUGUAAUGUGUAUAUAGUGAGAAAAUGAUGUAGUAUUAGGAAGUAUUACAUUUUAGGCAAUACGUUGCAUACAAGUCCCAAGGUUUCUUCAUAUCCUCUGUUGCACCAAGCACUUAAACAUUAGGGCCUCUCAGUGUUACACUUGCAUGUUUUUAUUUUUUGCCCUUGGGCUAUUGUUUAGUAGAUGAGAGUAUGUAUUGGACAAAAAAAGAAAAUGUAAUAGUUUUAGUGCUGUCUUGUCUGUGUUUUACACAUAUAUAUUUAUAUAAAGCCACACACACUGUGAUAGAUAUUAGUCCAGAUGCCUCAUUUUGAACCAUCCCUUACUGAGUGUCACCAUGAAAAAAUGAGACAAAUUCUCAUCAAGCUCGGACUGUUGAGAAAGCACUUAACCUCACCCUCCCAGACUCCCCAGUGUCACAAUGCACCCUUGUAAGUAAGUCACGCAUAAACAAAUACUGCUACUGAGACCAAACUGUCCUUUUGGUCAGUAAACUUGUUUAAAGUAGUGGAAACACCUACUUUGGACCCUUCUGUUGUAAUAAAUGUCCCUUCAUUCAUGGUCCAAGUUUUGAAGGGAUCAAAAAGCAGAUAAGGGAUUUUAUGAACAUGUUCUUUGUUCUGCAGCUAAACAUUAGUUUUAGUGCUGAAGGUCUUCAGAUUUUGUUUACCUUCCAGUUUCACCUGGAAGUCUUGAACAUUGCAUAUCAGACACAUUUUUAGUUUGGUGUGAAACCAGUCCCUUAAACAGGAUGUAAUUUGUGGGUAUUUGCAAUUUUAAU